UGUCAGUAAUCACGCCCCACGGUUGAGGCCAGGAGUCGGGGACGCGCAUCCAGCUGCCUGUGUGGUCUCUGCGCUCGUUCACGCGCAUGUGAACACCUGACCGCUGCAGGGGACGGUGCCCGCUGUUAGUUUGAUCGGGGGAAAUCCUUUACAGGUCGGUUGCUUUCUCCUGUGAGCGGGAUGGCGGAUGGAGAAGUGUUCACAGUGGAGGAUCAGGCCGUGGACAGCGCCCGGCUGCUGCUGCGGGACUACAGGCGGCUGACUCGGCUGUACUGCAUGAAUGGCGGACAUCACCUGCAGAUCCUGCCCGAUGGGACAGUGCAGGGCCAGAGGGAUGAGGGGGACGUUCACACUGUUUUAAAGAUUAAAGCUGUGGACACAGGUGUGGUGGUGAUCCAAGGCACAGAAGCUGGGCGAUAUUUGGCCAUGAGUGAUGAGGGACGUUUGUACAGUUCACACACUGUGACUGAUGAAUGUUACUUCCUGGAGAAACUGGAGGAGAACCACUACAACACCUAUCAGGCUCAGAAAUAUCAGGAGAAGAACUGGUACGUAGCUCUGAAAAAGAACGGGAAACCUAAACUGGGUCCAAGAACACACAUCGGACAGAAGGCCGUCUUCUUUCUGCCCCGACAGCUGGACGACUGCGGGGAGUGAAGACGUUCAUCCCAACACACAGUGAUACCUCAACCAAAACAGGAAGCUGCUCAUGGAGGGAUUAGUGUUUGAGGAAGUGGUAUGAAAAUGGUUGAUUGGUUGUUGUUGUUUUGUUUUUUUAAAACACUGCACUUAUUUAUUUCCACAACAUCUCAUUUUAAUGAGUCUUCCAUAUUGUCUCUUUUAACAUAAAAUCUGAUGUCGGUGCUGGACACAGUAACUGAGAGAAAUGAGCUUCAAUCAGCAGUGGUUGUACUGGUUUUGAAUUAGUGGUUCUCAAACCAAGUGGAAGUUUAGAUGAU